AUGGCUCUCAGGCGACUAGCGGCACGACGAGGAUGGCCCGCAGUCAUUUACAGCGACAAUGCGACAAACUUCAGGGGAGCGGACGUCGAACUACGCAACGCCUACAAGGAGUGGUUACCAGCACUUCGAGAGUUCGGCGUACAACACAACGUCACAUGGAAGUUUAUUCCACCCGGUGCACCUAACCAAGGCGGAGCUUGGGAAAGAUUAGUACGCUCCGUAAAGAACGCCCUAACAGCAACAUUACACACAAAGGCACCCAAAGAAGAAUUGUUGCUGACCAUACUGGCAGAGGCAGAAAAUACUGUCAACGCACGGCCACUGACCCAUGUUUCAGUGGACCCGAGGGAUGAGGAAGCGUUGACACCGGCUCAUUUUCUCCUGGGAAGCUCAACGGGAGCUCCAUCGACCGGACCGUGCGAGGAAGCGGACCGCAGGACUUGGCGGGCCAGCCAAGCUUUGGCCGACCACUUCUGGCGAAGAUGGAUACGGGAGUACCUGCCAACACUCGCACCGCGCCAAUCAUCAAAUAACAGGGUCAGGCCAAUCCAGAAGGGCGACUAUGUAAUAAUAGUGGACGGAAACCUGCCGCGCAAUGUGUGGCCACGCGGCAUCGUCACCCAGGUGUACCCAGGACCGGAUGGUGGAAUACGAUCGGCUGACGUUCAAACCCGAGGAGGCGUGUUCCGGAGGCCCGUCACAAAGUUGGCUGUCCUACCGUUGCAACAGGAGCAGUCGCAGGAGCUACUUGAUUUAUCAAGAAACAAAGACGUUGCAAGUCUGCUGGAUCUUCUAGAAAAUGGUACGCUGUCAGACCUCGACGAAGAAAGUGAUGAUGAAAUUAUACAGCCAGCAUCAUCAACGUCAACUCGUGUGGGUAGUGAUAUUGUACGCCCAAAUGAACCACAACCACUCGAAGAAAACUUGGAAGUUGAACAAGAAAUCGAAGAGGAGGAUGAAUCAGUAAUCUGCGUGAAAGAGAAAUAUAUGCAGGAGGAACGAUCAGAGUAA